GAGAGAGAGAGAGAGAGAGAGCGCUCGUGCACGUUCGCUCGCGCGCUAACGGUUUUCUUCUCCUCUCCAUCUAUUGUACGACUUCUCGCCUUGGAAACACACGUCUGUACUCACCUUGUAUUGUCACUCGAAGCGGAAAACACAGACAGGUUUUUUUCUGUUACUCCUUGGAAAAGAGACACCAUGGGGAAACAGAACAGCAAGCUGACCCCUGAGGUUAUGGAUGAUCUGGUAAAGAACACAGAGUUUAAUGAGCAUGAGCUAAAGCAGUGGUACAAAGGUUUCCUAAAGGACUGCCCCAGCGGCCGCCUCAACCUCGAUGAGUUCCAGCAGCUAUAUGUGAAGUUUUUUCCCUAUGGCGAUGCAUCAAAGUUUGCCCAACAUGCCUUUCGGACCUUUGACAGAAAUGGAGAUGGAACCAUUGACUUCAGAGAGUUUAUCUGUGCACUGUCCAUUACAUCGCGAGGCAGUUUCGAACAGAAACUCAAUUGGGCCUUCAACAUGUAUGACCUGGACGGAGAUGGCAAGAUCACACGAGUGGAAAUGCUGGAGAUUAUUGAGGCGAUCUACAAAAUGGUGGGCACUGUGAUCAUGAUGAAGAUGAACGAGGACGGCCUUACCCCUGAGCAGCGGGUCGACAAAAUCUUCAGCAAGAUGGAUAAGAACAACGAUGACCAGAUCAGUUUGGAGGAGUUCAAAGAGGCAGCAAAGAGCGACCCAUCCAUCGUAUUACUGCUGCAGUGUGACCUGCAAAAAUAAGAGCGAAAAUAAGUGACUGCACCGAAGAUCAGAGUUCCAUUCAGUUUGCAGCUAUUUCCACUGAAAAAUAUUUGCUUGGACCACCUUUCAAUAGAUCUGCUUCCUGUGUUUGAAACACUUGUGCAUUUCGACUUGUGCAUGUCUAAAACUUGUCUCUAAAAUUUUAGAUAUGCACGGACAGAAGCACACACUUACUCACACACACAUGCACAAUACAAGCUCUCACAAACAAAAAUACACACACACACACACACACACACACACACACACACACACACACACACAUACAAUAUAACACACAUAAAUAGAGUUCAAAUAGAUCAAAUAAAUACAUAAAGUUGAAAUAAGCUGCCAAUAUUUAUAGUGUGUGAAAAUACUUUCCAUACAGUCUCAUUCACUUGUAACUUGUGCAUCACUGAUGUGCUCUACUGAAUUAAAGCAACUAUUUAUUGUACAACAUUACUGAUGCUAGUGUACCAUAAUACUGUUUAAUGUCAAACAAAUCUGGUCCAUUGGUAACCUUAACAGGUUCAUAUUUUUCAUUUAUAUAUUGUCAAAGCAGAUAUUUACAUUUACAUUCAUACAGAAAAGUGGAACUUUGAUUCUGUAUAAUUGGAAUAUAAGGAAGGCCUGUUUACUAUGAUAAGCAAAGUCUGUGAUGAUACAAGGGAUGUAUUUUAUUAUCAUUUAUUCAUCAAUUUUGGUUUUGGCACCAAGAUAAUUAUUGGCACUGCAUGCAAAAAGUAUGCUGUGCAGUAUUUGUUCACUAUGUAACAACUGAACAUGGCUUAAAAAAUACAGCUUAAAGGUUUUAUUAUAAAGUAAUGAAGUGUGCACAUAUAUUUACUGUGUAUACUCUAUACAUAAAACAUGUAUAGUAUAAUAUGCUGGUCUAAAAAGAAAUAAUUACACUAAUAACACUAAUUCAAUUACUCUUAUGUGCACUAUUGUUCUAUUUUAAGUAAUUGGAAUGACCUUAAACAGUUUAUUGUGCCAUAUGUACUGCAUAUCACUUUGCAGAUGGUUCAGAAAUGCUGCUCUAUUAAAGAGAUCUUCAGAUCUUGUUUUAGUCACAUUUAAUUUGACAGGAAAUAUUAAUAGAAAAUUACAGUAAACUAAAUUUUUGCUCAAACUAUGGUAUUUAUUGUCUACCCACAAAGGUUUUAAAUGUGUAUUUUUUUAUUCUUAAGGGUUUAGAAAAAUUUAGUUAUAAAACAAACUAACUAACAACAACAACAACAACAACAAAAAACCCAACCAAAUUAACGAAUAGAUUGUCAGUUACACGUUCAGAAACAUUUUCCUAAUCUGCAUUGUUUAUUCCGCUCAGAUUGUCAAACAUAUUUUUGAUUUCAUGUUAACAUCAUGUCUGUCAUUAAUGAAAGCUUUACAUACACUGUUUUACAUUAAUGUUUACUCGCUUACUUGCCACCAAAUUUGUGCAAUGGCAACUUAAUUUUGGAAAUUAUUUUGUAUAUGUUGCAUGUAUAUGUGCCCCUGAUGCCAAUGGCUGCAUUACUUCCUGUGUUGUGAUUUAAAACUAAUAAAAUAGUAUAUGGGACUUUUUUCCCCUCAA